AGGGACAAUGCUACUUCCUGUUAGCUUCUAGUUGUUGGCUUCUGCCAUGUUUCAUGUUGUAGGACGAGCACUGACGACACGCCUCCAGCGUGUUUUCUUCGUGAAACAGACAGUUUUCACGCAACAACUAUCUUGUGGAUUCGUACGUGGUCUCACAAACGGGAGGGACGAAGAACAACCACCGUUUGACCCGCAUUUGUUGCGUGUCCUGGUGUGUCCGCUGUCCAAGAAAGCGCUCAGAUACAACUCUGAGACCAGUGAGUUGAUAAACGACGAGCUUGGCAUCGCCUAUCCUGUCAUUGAUGGAAUCCCAAACAUGAUUCCCCAGGACGCCAGGCUGGUCCAGAAGGACCAAGAGGCUGAUGUCCCACAGCAGUAGAGGUGCCGGGUUACGAGUCUGACGUCAUCACAAUCACAAACCAUGCCAUCUCUGUCCCUGAUGGUGGGCCUGGUCCCGCUCCUGUCCCUCUGUGGUCUCUUGUAUUCGGCAGCUGUAGACCAGAACUUUCCGGCGGGCUGCAGUGAUGGUCGCAGCGUCUGCUUCUAUAGCCUGCUGCUGCCCGUUACACUGCCAGUCUAUGUCUUCUUCCACUUGUGGAGUUGGAUGGGAAUCAAGCUCUUCAGACACAACUAGACCCAGGUUAAAGGACUAGAUCUGAAAACCUACUGAGGACUUGUUCACUUUCUGCCUGGUCAUGUGACUGUAGCUGUGUCAGUGUUCAUUCUGAACUAAAAAAUUCUGGACUAUGCUGGGUUUUAUGUAGAACAAAAUAAACAAAAGUGUCAGGU